UCCUGGGUGGGGGAACCCAUCGCAUCAGCCAUGCCCAGAUUUGGUGCCUUCAUCCCCCUCCUCCUCUUCCUCCUCUUCAUCUUCCCUGGGGCCACCUCCAAUUGUCACACAAGCACGGAAAAUGAAUGCAAGAAGCUCACGGCCUUCGUGCCCGGGCACAGCCUGAUUGGUGAGGGCAUUGAUGUGACCACGAUGGGCAGGAAGGGGGCCUAUCUGGUUGACAGCAGCCUCUGGCAGCACGAGGAUGGCACCUGCACCUUGUGCCAGAACCGACUUCAGGGAGGGCAGUGGCAGAGGCUGCCGCUGGCUGUGGUGGACUGGCGGGUCCACGUCUCGUGCCGCCGGAAGCUGAGCAGCUCGGUGCAGCAGUCGGCGAUGGGCAUGAUGGAGUCGGCAGCGUCCGCGGUGCAGAACGACUGGAAGGUGGGGCUGGACGUGCCUGUGAAGCCCAAGGUUAAUGUCCAGGUGGCGCUGGCCGGCUCACGCUCCAAACUGGCCAGUUUCGUGGUAGACCACACGCGGAUGGACAAAUACAGCUUCAUGAGCCAGAAGGUGUCCUGCAGCUAUUACAGGUUCCGGGUCAGCGAGAUGCCCCCGCUCACCAGUCAUUUCACUCUGGCACUGGAGAACCUCCCGGACCAGUACGACAGCAAAUCGAAGGUGGAGUACCAGCAGCUAAUCAGCAACUACGGCACCCACUACAUGUCCCAGCUGCAGCUGGGGGGCCGGGCGCGGGACGUGACGGCCGUGCGGGUCUGCGAAGCGGCAAUGAGCAGCUUGACCGACGACGAGAUCAAGGACUGCUUGAGCAUGGAGGCGGCCGUGAGUAUCGGAAUGGGCUCGGUCAAAGGUGGGUACAGCAAGUGCGAGGAGGAGAAGAAGAAGGGGAAGGUCCAGGGGAGCUUCCAUGAGACGUAUCAGGAGCGCCACGUGGAGGUGGAGGGAGGAGAGAGCACGACUGACGUGCUCUUCUCCGGCAGUGAUGCCAAGGUCUUCUCGGCCUGGAUUGAGAGCCUGAAAGCCAGCCCUGGCCUGGUGUCCUAUUCGCUGCACCCCAUCCACAUCCUGGUGGAGCAGGACGACCCCAAGCGGGAGGCGCUGAGGCGGGCAGUCAGUGAGUACAUCCGUGAGAGGGCCCUGUGGAGGAAUUGCACCCGAAGCUGCCCUCCGGGGACUCAACGCAGCGCCCACGACCCCUGCUUCUGUGUCUGCCCCGGGGAUACCAUGACCAACGCCAUGUGCUGCUCGCGGGAACGUGGCCUGGGGAAGCUGAUGGUCACAGUGAAGAAGGCCACUGGCCUGUGGGGGGAUUACUUUAGCGCUACAGAUGCCUUUGUCAAGGUUUUAUUUGAGAGAAGGGAGAGCCAGACCAACACCAUCCAGGACAAUAACAAUCCCGUCUGGAAUGUCCAGUUGGACUUCGGUACCGUCCACCUCACCAGCACCAGCAAGAUCCAUGUCCAGGUCUGGGACGAGGACAAGUGGGACGAUGACCUGCUGGGAAGCUGCGACAUCCCGCUGGAGGCUGGGGGGCCCCACCAGAAGGAUUGCUACCUGAACCACGGCCGCGUCUGGUUCCAGUACAGCCUGCGCUGUGGGCCCCACCUCGGGGGCCGGAGCUGCUUCAACUAUGUCUCCCAGCCACCCCAGCUGGGAACAGCCAAGGGGAAGGAGGUGGAGGCCUUCUGGUGAGCCCCUGAUUGGCGAGGGGUAUGGAUGUGCACUGGUCACUAGCGCUCCCUGUCCCCCAGAGCAUUUCCUAGUUCCCGCUCUGCUGACACUACUGAGCUUCAUGCUGUCACUCCUGCUCGGGAAUCGGUGUCUCCGAUGCCCAUAAGAGACUCUCUGCUCCUGUAGCCCGAUAUCCUCACAGCUCCCUCUGGGAAAACAUCCCACCAUGAACCGCCCGUUCCGGAUCCAUCAGACCAGUGUGUCCAAUGAUUCCCGCCUCCAAUGUAUCCAUCUAAUCGACAAACUAAUGUAUGUACCUACUGCAUACCUAAUCUCAACCUAUUUACCAUUGUGGAUUGCAUAUGCAGGGGAGGUUGCAUUGGGGAUUGCAUGUGCAGCUCUCUAUGUGUUAUUUUGGCCACAUCCACACUGCAUAUGUACUAUCUGUACGACCCUCACGAUGGGCUGCAGCUGUGGGCUGAUUGGUGCACAAGUGGCCCACGGGCCACAGGUUGAGAACUACUGAUCUUGUGCAACCAAGGUAACUAACCACCCAACCAACUAAGGUCUUAAGUACAUCCAGCCAACCAACCAAGCUGUGUAGCCAGUGCAAGCAACCAACCAAUGAAUGUCCUAAGUACACCCAACCAACCAGUCAACCAAUUUGUGCAGG